ACAACCCGACUUUUCCGGCGGAAUGUCGUUCGCCGGAACGCAGAUGGAUUUGGGCGGAAAUGACGUUUUCGGUGGAAUGACCAGCGGACAAGACAUGUUCGGACAGCCGAAUAUGUUCACAGGACAAGGUCAACCAGCGAUCGGUCAAGGCCAGACAACAUUUGACCAAGGAGGGUUUGGAGCUACCCAGGGCGGUUUCCAAGGACAGGGGCAAUUCGGACAAGGCGGAGCUGGAAUGCGCCCCGGUAUGGGUGGUCAAGGGUUCGGAGGUCAAGGUCAAAGAUUCGGCAACGCGUUUGGAGGUCAGCAAUUCGGAAUGGGCGGGUUUGAAACCCAGAAUCCUUUUGGAGGAUUCAAUGGAGGUCUGGCUCCGUUUGGUGGACGUGGGCAGUUUGGCCGCGGUCCUUUCGGUGGCCAAGGCUUCGAGGGUCAAGGUAUAUUUGGACAGGGCGGACCUUUCAACGGCCAACCCGGUAUGUUUGGCGGACCACAGGGAGGUCAGUUUAACGGCGUAGGACGGUUCGGGCAAGGUGGUAUGUUCGGCCCUCAAGGCGGUGGUCGAUUCGGCGGACAGACCGCUAUGGGCCCGGAUCAGUUUGGCGGACAGGCCGGAGGAUUCUUCGGCGGACAGCAGACACAGUUUCCUGGCGCGGUCCCGGGACGCGGUGGUCAGAUUAACGGUGGAGGAGCGGUCGGUGGCAUGCAGCCGGGAUUCGGCGGUCAGAACGGAUUCGGCGGACAGAACGGAUUCGGCGGACAGAACGGUUUUGGCACUCAACAGGGCGGAUUUCAGGGGUUAGGCGGCCAGGGCGCUCAAGGUAUGCCAGGACAGAACACUUUCGCAGUCCAGGGUGGUGGUGGCGGUGGCUUUGGAGGUCUAAGUCAGACGACUGGCCAGGCACCAACGGGAUUCGUCACCCCUGGCAACUCCCAAGUGGAUGCCCCUAUCAACAACAACAACAACAACCAGGCUGCUACUGGCAGGAACACAGGGUUUAGUUCAUUUUCAACAUUUUCUGGUUAAUCUAUAGCAUGUGCAACUUUAUCGAUAUAUUUAUUAUUGUCCGUGAUCAAAUGUGGUUUAUAAAUAUAUAAAAACAUGCUUUUUUUCAAUAUGCAUCGAGCUAUGUUUUAACUGUGCGAUACAGUCUAACAGACCUGUACGGAAUCGUAUUGACGAACAUGCAUGUUGUUAGCUGUUUAUUUCAAUUAUUAAAAAAAAUGCAGCAUUAGGAAACCCGUUUUAUAAUUCUAGAACAUUUUUAUCACUAUGCAAACAACAACCGUUAUACUUGUCAUUAUGGCAACUGUCUCUUAUUGUUAUUGAACGUUAAUUUGUAUACACUUAAGUUUGAUAAAUGAAACAUAAAUUUAAAAUUUUAACAAAAUCAAAAUACAUUUUGUAUAUUUUAAGUCAUCGAGUUUAUUGAAAUAAUUGUUUACAUGAUGAAGCUUAUUUUGAUCAGUGAAAUCAUAUAUUUUUAUGUAUAAAUGGCAAAUACUUCUGAGUAUAAGAGAUUUUAGUGAAUAUUUUCUCGUUUCGAACAUACAUUGCUGACUGUUGUGCUAAGCCUAAACACAACAUGGAUAUAGGUAUAUAAGCCUUAAUGUGUAUGGUCUAUUUUUUGCUAUGAACGUAUUUUCAAAACAAUGUCCUAAUAGUACAAUAGGUAUUCAAAAGUAUAUAUCAUAGUGACGUUGAA